AUGUCCAACGCCGUCGGUGCCGCCGCGCGUCGCGUCGGCGCGUUGCGCGCGCAAGUCGUCGAUCCCGCCUCAUCGUCGCGGCAGACGCCUCAGGAAGCGCCAUCCGCGCGCGUCGGGCUCGUGGAUUGGUUCUUCGGUGCGUCCGGGAUCGGUGGUAAGCGCGCGUCGUUCACCGUCGCCGUCCUCGGCGCGGCGGGCGGUAUCGGGCAAACGCUCUCCGCAUUCAUCAAGGCGAAUCCAAAGGUGGCGGAACUGCGACUCUACGACGUCGCGCCCGUCGUUCGAGGCGUCGCCGCGGACGUCUCUCACGUGAACACGCGAGCGAAGGUGAGCGGAUACGUCGGUGAUGACGAACUUGAGGCGUGUUUACGAGGAUGUGACCUCGUCAUCAUUCCCGCGGGCGUGCCGCGCAAACCGGGCAUGUCGCGCGACGACUUGUUCGGCGUGAACGCCGGGAUCGUCCGCACACUGUGCGAGGGUGUGGCAAAGACGUGCCCGAACGCGAUCGUAAAUAUCAUAUCCAACCCCGUGAAUUCAACGGUUCCCAUCGCGGCGGAAGUGUUUAAAAAUCACGGUUGUUACGAUGCGCGCAAACUUUUGGGCGUGACGCACCUCGACGUGAUGCGGGCGAAGACGUUCGUCGCCGCGGCAAAAGGGUUCGACGACCCGACUUUGGUGGACGUCCCGGUGAUCGGUGGACACGCGGGGACGACGAUUUUGCCGUUACUGUCUCAAACCACUCCGCGUUGCUCGUUUACGCCCGAGGAAGUGAGCGCGUUGACGAGUCGAAUCCAAAACGGUGGCACCGAAGUCGUCGAAGCGAAGGGAGGCGCCGGAAGCGCCACGCUCUCCAUGGCCGCUGCCGCGGCGGAGUUCGCGGAUGCGUGUCUCAGAGGAUUGAGCGGUGAGUCUGGAAUAUGGGCGUGUGCGUACGUCGAGAGCAAGGCGACGCGGGCGCCUUUUUUUGCCACCAAGGUGCUCCUCGGACGAAACGGCGUGGAGCGCGUGGCGGGCACUGGAACGCUAUCAUCGUACGAGAAGCGCGCGUUGGAGAGCAUGUUACCAGAACUGGAAGCUAGCAUUAAAAAGGGGAUCAAUUUCCUUCAUUCCUAAUCGACGAGCGCGACCGACUGACCGCGACCACCUUUAGAGACGGCGUCUCGUCGUCGAAUGUAAAGAAACAAUGCACGUCAAGAUGCGAAUGUGUGACCGAACAUGUACGAUCGCGCUCUAGAAAGCUAAGGAAUAGGAAUACGAAGCGAUUCACCC